CAAAACUCCCUCAUCUUUUUUGCGCUACAGCUUUGCCCUCGACCAGGUCUUUGCUUCUCAGCGGCAUUGCUCUCGCUCUCUCGCUCUCCCCCUCUCUCCCGCUCUCUCUCUCCCUCUCUCUACCCCUCUGUCCACUACUCGGACUGUUGUUGAUUCUUUUCCUUAGGGAGAGGUGCAGAGAAAGCCGACGCCGCGAUGACGACUUUGUUGGAGACCUCGGAGGAGGAGCCGACGAUGGCCGUGGCCCGCACCAUUGCAGAGCUUGCGUGGUCUCAAGGCGGCCCCGAUAUUGCGGGACCUGCAGUUGCUCAAUAUUGCAAUGAAGCUCAAGUGUAUCUGUUUGAUAGGCGCUACCCAGAUCUUGUAAACUUAUUGCUCACAUCUGCAGACCUCGUUCUUGCGAAUGCUUCUGAGAAAGAUAUGGAGUGCAUUUUUACAGUUAUCUCCAAUCUGGUAUCGAAGGCACAAAGUCCGGAUGACGCACUUGCCAUGGCGGACCAAAUCGCUAACAAGCUCACCGUUCAGCCCGUUGACAAGCCAGUCAGUCGACUGAAAAUCCUAUUUCACUUGUACAAUGUGCUAGAGAACCCCUAUGGUCGGUUUUUAAUAUUCAAGAGAGUACUCAAGCUUGCCGUGGCCGGGAAAGUAACAGAACUUAUUGUACCUACCUUCAAGCGUAUGGAUACAUUCAUUCACGAGUGGAAUAUUAGCAAGAGUGACAAGCGUGAUGUUUUCCUGUCUGCAACGAAUAUUCUGAAGGAACAGAAAGGGUAUGUGAAGGAUUCUUAUACGUUUCUGUUCAAGUACCUCCAAACCUUUGCUGGGGAGGAUAAGAGCACACUGAGUGAGGCGAAAGAGGAAGCUGUUAGAGCCAUCAUCGAAUUUGUGAAGUCUCCAGAUAUGUUCCAGAAACAUCGGUCUGGAGAUCAGAGCGUUUACCUUUGUGACCUACUGGAUAUGCCAGCUGUGAAACAGUUGGAAAAGGACACCAAAUAUGCGCCUGUGUAUCGUUUGCUCGAAAUAUUUUUGACUGGACGUCUUUCGAACUAUCUCGACUUUCACGGAGCAGAUUCGAAUACUUUGAAGACUUAUGGACUUGUGCACGAGGAGUGUGUGACUAAGAUGCGGCUGAUGUCACUAGUUGGUCUUGCUACUGCGGGUUCUGGGGAGGUUUCUUACGCCGUUAUUCGAGAUACCUUGAAGGUUGCCGAUGAUGAGGUUGAGUACUGGGUAGUGAGAGCUAUUGCUGCAAAGCUUCUGGAGGCUAAGAUGGAUCAACUGAGACAAGUUGUUAUUAUAGGUCGUUGCACUGAGCGAGUUUUUGGACCUGCACAAUGGCAAGAGUUGCGGAGAGGGCUUGCUGGGUGGAAGGAAAAUAUUAGCAACGUAUCAAGGAUAAUUGCUCAUGCGAAACUAUCACAAGGCGGCAUCCCGCAAGGACUUCAGGCGUAAUUAACGAAACUAGCAUCCUGUCAUUUAGACUAAGGUCUGCAAGUUGUGCAAAAGGUCAGUAGUGAGCUAAGUUGUUCGAGACACUUAGGGUUGACUUUUGAAGUUCUCUCAGGACAAUUUUCUCGGAAGCAUUGUCGAACAUGGUCGGUUUCGAUCACGAGUGUCAUCAUUGUUGUCAUCAUUUCUAUUUUCGUUAUGGUAGUCAAGUCUCCUUCCGGACUUUCGGUCAUUAGCUGAACUUGAAGAACCUUAUACUGCAUGCUGUGCUUCUGUAGUCGUAGCAAUUUACAGAGCUUCCGGUAAAUGUUCAAUUUAAUGUGGUCAUAUUGGUUUCUCUUUAGUGUUGCCCUCAUGCUUCCUUUUUA